GCCUGUAAGUUCCUGUCUGAAUCUGAGCCGGAAAGAAGGUUUCUCUGCGGUGUGUCCUGAGUGCCUCUGCUGGGUGCUCUGAGGGAGCUCUGAAAAGCUUAAAAUUUCCGGACAUGGGUAGAGUGACCUAUGAUGAUGUGCAUGUGAACUUCACUCGGGAAGAGUGGGCUUUGCUGGAUUCUUCUCAGAAGAAUCUCUACAAAGAAGUGAUGCUGGAGACCUACAGGAAUCUCGCUGCUAUAGGCUAUGUUUGGGAAGACCAUAAUACGGAAGAGCAUCUUCAUAUUUCUAGAAGAUAUGGAAGGCAUGAAAGAAGUCAUACUGAACAGCUGCUCUCUGAGUUUAUCCAAUGUGAUAAAGCCUUUGCAUUUCAGAGUCAUAACCAAAGACAAGAAAGAAUUCAUACUGCAGAGACACCCUAUGAAUGUAACCAAUGUGGUAAAUCCUUUGCAAGAAAGAGUCAUCUCCUAAGACAUAAAAGAACACAUACUGGAGAGAAACCCUUUCAAUGUUACCAAUGUGGUAAAACUCUUGCUCGAAAUACUCAUCUCCUACAACAUAAAAAAGUACACACUGGAGAGAAACCCUAUGAAUGUAAGCAUUGUGACAAAGCCUCUGUAUGUCAUAUUGGUCUCCUGUAUCAUAAAAGAACACAUGCUGGACAGAGACCAUAUGAAUGGAAUGAAUGUGGUAAAUCCAUUGUAUAUCACAGUUGUAUUAAACAAUGUAAAAGAAGACAUACUGGAGAAAAACCCUUUGAAUGUAACCAAUGUGGUAAAUCCUUUGCAAGAAAGAGUAAUCUCCUAAGACAUAAAAGAAUACAUACUGGUGAGAAACCUUAUAAGUGUGACCAGUGUGGUAAAGAUUUUGCAAGUCCCAGUUCUCUUAAAUGCCAUAAAAGAGUUCAUACAGGAGAGAAUCCUUAUGAAUGUAAACAGUGUGGUAAAGCCUUUGCACGUUUAAGUAUUCUCCGAACACAUAAAAGAACACAUACUGGAGAAAAACCCUUUGAAUGUAACGAAUGUGGUAAAUCCUUUGCAAGAAAGAGUCAUCUCCUAAGACAUAAAAGAAUACAUACUGGUGAGAAACCUUAUAAGUGUGACCAGUGUGGUAAAGAUUUAGCAUGUCCCAAUUCUCUUCAAUACCAUAAAAGAGUUCAUACAGGAGAGAAAUCUUAUGAAUGUAAACAAUGUGGUAAAGCCUUUGCAUUUUCAACUAGUCUCCGAAUACAUAAAAGAACACAUACAGGAGAGAAACCCUAUGAAUGCAAUCAAUGUGGUAAAGCCUUUUCGUCUCCAAGUGGAUUCCUGUAUCAUAAACAAACACAUACUGGAGAGAGACCAUAUGAAUGCAAUGAAUGUGGUAAAUCCUUCAUACAUCGCAGUAAUUUUCAAAUGCAUAAAAGAACACAUACUGGAGAGAAACCCUUUGAAUGUGACCAAUGUGGUAAAAGCUUUGCACAAAACACUUAUCUUUUACAACAUAAAAGAGUACACACUGGAGAAAAACCCUAUGAAUGUAAGCAUUGUGGCAAAGCCUUUGCAUAUUCUAAUAAUCUCCGAGUGCAUAUUAGAACACAUACUAAGUAUUUAGUAUGGUAAAGCUUUUUCAAAUGUCACAAGUUUUCAUAAUCACGAAAGAGAAACCCUAUGAGUGUAUUCAGUAUGUUUAAACCUUUGCACAUUUCUAUAAUCUUCAUCAUGAACGUAUUCAUAGAAUUCAGAACGU